AUGAUUGGUCAUACUCUGUGUGUGACCCCUGGGUUGCUAGCCAUCCGUUAGGGGACCUUGGCUGUUGGGCCUUUUGCUGGGAACUGGCUCUGAGGUGGGCCUUGGCAGUGUGGGGUAGAGCGGGGGAAGGGAUAGCCUAGUAUGUGAUCCAGCCAACGCAUCUGUCUCUAUAUCAAGCUAAAGCAAAUACAACCUUGUUGGGAGUGUACAAUUAUGAAUUUAGAGGAUAUUAUGAGUGCAUCACACUCACUGCAUCCCCGGUUAGCUCUGGUUGUCAUCGCAUCAAGUGCACAUUAGAGAGCAGGCCCUCUUGUUGUUCUAACCUACAGCAUUGUGGUAGUCUAGGUGUUGGGGAGUCUUGGUGGCGGGUUGUCUCUGUGUCUGUGGCAGCCAUGUGGUUGAUUAGCAUAACCCUCCUUCCUAUCCUGUCCUCUCUCAUAACAUCUCCCUCUCAAACGCUCCGUCCCUCUGCUCUCUUACCACCAUUUUCUCCUCCCUGUCUCUAAAACGAUGCCUGCUUCCUCUAUCUGCUCUCUGCGGUGUGGUGUGGCUGGAAGAGAGGUCAGAUCUACAUGUAUGUGUGCUCUGUGUCCCUCCCUGCAGGAGACUCCACCUCAGCUGACCCUCUGCUCCUAGACCAGUAUGUGGCCGUCACUGACUAUGAGAAGCAGGAGAGCUCUGAGAUCAGCCUGCACGUGGGACAGACGGUGGAGGUCAUCGAGAAGAAUGAGUCUGGUACGAGACCUGGCUCAGAUGGCGACAGACUUUAGCUAAAUGACUGAGGUUGUGUCCCAAAUGACACUUGCCUAUAUAGUGUUGGCUCUAUGGGCCCUGGUCAAUAGUAGUCCACUAUAAAGGGAAUAGGGUGCCAUUUGGGACAACCUGAGUCCUGGCGGCCUUAACGUGUUUUAUAAAGCAACCACAUUGUCUCAAACUGUUUUUUACCCCCAAUCAACUGAAAUUAUGUUAUCAUACUUGAAUGAAAGCCUGUGAUACAGGUGCUUUAAAUGUGUACCAAGACAACCGCUAAAUAGAGCCAAAUAGCAGUAUAAUGCUAUCACGUUGUCCUCAGAACCUUCCAAACAGACAAGGCCAAUCCAAGACCUAGAGAGAGCCUCUGCUGUGUGACGGACUCUUCUGUGUUUUUGUGUGUGUGUUUUGCUCUUUGUGUGCAGGUUGGUGGUUUGUUAGUUCAGACGAGGCCCAGGGCUGGGUCCCUGCCACCUGCCUGGAGGCCCAGGAUGACCCUGACGACUUCUCCCUGCCCGGCGAGGAAGGUAACUCUCCAUCUGUCACACUCCCCUAGGCCACAUUCAGAGUCAAAACAUAGGCCUACUGUAACUACUGAUCACAUUGGCAGCCAUAGGGAACAGCUCACAGUCAAAACUCAAGGUUUGCUGCCAAGUCAUUAUGAGGCAAAACAGUGUGUCCUCAUUUAUUAAGAUGUAGGAGAAAUGUGGAACUGUAAUGAAUUAGUCUAGGAAGCAGGAUGUUGAGAAACUCUUGAAAUCUCUACAUUUCAGACUGUGUGUGGGAAAAUGACCUCUGACUUUCUAUCACCUUCACCUGUCUCUGCCCGUCUAUGAUGCUGCGUCCAAGUGGGAAGGUGGUAAAUACCAGUUGUGAAGUUGGAUGCAUUCACGUGCUUUGAACUUGUUGAGAAACGCAGAUUGGCUAUUGGCCAACAAGCUGCGUCAACCAUCAACUAAAAAUACAGCUAUCAUGCUUGUAAACAAAUUAUACUCUUCAAAAACGACAUUAAUAGAUUGCUUUUUAUAAACAAUGUUUUGUUGUUACAUUUAACUGCUGAAAAUGCUGUUAUUAAGGUAAUUUCCUUAGUAGGUGAGGUCAGAGGUCAGCAUGUGGGAGAAGUCGGAGCUCAGGGAUGAUAGACACUUGAAACCCUACCUCUUUAAGGAAUACCUGGAAUAGUAUAAAAGUUAUCCUUCUCCCCCCCCCCCCCCAAUCGUAUGUAGUAAAUACCACCUUCCCACUUUGGUUAUGAAUGCAGCAUUAGAACCAACCAUAGAGAUAGAUAGAGGACUCUAGUGCCCAAAUGCCCUUUUUAGCAUGGUCAGUGCCAUUGAGGACUUUCACCCUUUUGAAGAAGUCAACUGGGUGGGACUUCCUAUGGGUUAAGGAAGGAUCACAUAAUUAUAUCUGGGUCAUCAGGAGGGAUCAGCCAAUUAAUUAUGCUUGUGAGCAAACAUUCCGUAACGGCAGGUGGCAGUAAAUCGCCAACCUUGGCUUUAUACCUGUUCAAACAACACACUCCAGGUGGCAGUAUGCACCCUUUCAGUUUGUUUACCAACUCUUAGAAGUAGUAGAAGAAGAAAAUGUACUACAUAAAAAUGGGGAUGCCAGUGCGCUCACAGAGGCCAUAAUGGGACAGAUUCAAUGAAGAGUCCUCUAUCAUUUUCUAUGGAACCAAGCAAACACAAACCAAAGUAUUUACUUCCUCUUUACUUACUUCCUGCUGCCCACUGUGCUCUGCUGUCAGUGUCCCGGAGAUACUGGUCACUGCCGAGCCAUGUGGGCCGCCGGCGAACGUUAGGGGAUCUGUUCAGCACAGGCUUUGGGCAAGGUGGAGCGCACGCCUCUCUUCUCCCUUUUCUCCAUCUGUGUGUAGAAUGUAAUGUUUAGCAUGAAAAACUAAUGCAUGACCAACCCAAGCCAAAGAGUGAGGCAAGACAUGCAUGUGUGAAAUGGAUUGUAAUGGAUGCUACCUAUAUGUUUGUAUGAUUUGUUCUCUCGAUGGCAUGCAGUGGCGAAAAACUCACUUUUUUUCUCACUUUUACUGUUAUUUCAGUGAAAUAUCACAUAUUUUAGGUUGUUUGUUCUUUCUAAAUAUAAUAUUUUUGUAACAAUCACUUUAAUUCAGUAGACCUAAAAUGGACCUGUUAUGGAUUAGUUAUAAAAACAUAAUCUAUUACAAGUAGGUGCUAGCGACGGGCAUUUCCAUCGAAAAGGACCCAUGAGCACCAACAUGUGAAGUUCAAAUUGGGUGUGAAAUGAAAGCUAAGAGUCCGUAUUUAUGGGAAACGGAGGCAUAGAUACAUUUGAACCAUUUUCCAUCUUAAACAGUAGGUAUAAGGAAAGGCUUUCUGAUUUCUGAAUAAACAGAUGGAAAAGGAAUCUUAGAAAACAUCUACCAGAAAAAGUCUUAAAAAGGUAUCAGCAAUACACAAUGAUGUUGAAAAAGACCCCUGCCAACUAAUAUCAACACUUUUAUAUUUAGCUUUGGAGAAAUUGUUUACCUUCUGUAAGUUUAAGAAAUAUUGCCUAGUGCCUUGUAAUUCUGUUACCAAAAACCCACAUACACUACAUUACCAAAAAUAUGUGGACACCUGCUCAUCGAACAUCUCAUUCCAAAAUCAUGGGCAUUAAUAUGGAGUUGGUCCCCCCUUUGCUGCUAUGUUGGGCAAUUAGGCCUGGCUCGUAGUCGGCGUUACAAUUCAUCCCAAAGUUGUUCGAUGGGGUUGAGGUCAGGGCUCUGUGCAGGCCAGUCAAGUUCUUCCACACCGAUCUCGACAAACCAUUUAUGUAUGGACCUCGCUUUGUGCACGUGUGCAUUGUCAUGCUGAAACAGGAAAGGGCCUUCCCCAAACUGUUGCCACGAAGUUGGAAGCACAUAAUUGUCUAGAAUGUGAUUGUAUGCUGUAGCGUUAAGAUUUCCCUUCACUGGAACUAAGGGGCCUAGCCCGAACCAUGAAAAACAGCCCCAGACAAUUAUUCCUCCUCCACCAAACUUUACAGUUGGCACUAUGCAUUUGGGCAGGUAGCGUUCUCCUGGCAUCCGCCAAACCCAGAUUUGUCCGUCGGACUGCCAGAUGGUGAAGCGUGAUUCAUCAUUUCCACUGCUCAGAGUCCAAUGGCGAUGAGCUUUACAUCACUCCAGCCGUCCCUUGGCAUUGCGCAUGGUGAUCUGAUGCUUGUGUGCUGCUGCUCGGCCAUGGAAACCGAUUUCAUGAAGCUCCUGACAAACAAUUAUUGUGCUGACGUUGCUUCCAGAGGCAGUUUCGAACUCGGUAAUGAAUGUUGCAACCGAGUACAGAUGAUUUUUACGCGCUACGCGCUUCAGCACUCGCCGGUCCCAUUCUGUGAGCUUGUAUGGCCUACCACUUCGCAGCUGAGCCGUUGUUGCUCCUAGACGUUUCCACUUCACAAUAACAGCACUUACAGUUGACCGUGGCAGCUCUAGCAGGGCAGAAAUUUGACGAACUGACUUGUUGGAAAGGUGGCAAUCUAUGACAUUGAAAGUCACUGAACUCUUCAGUAAGGACAUUCUACUCCCAAUGUUUGUCUAUGGAGAUUGCACGGCGGUGUGCUAAAUUGUAUACACCUGUCAGCAACGGGUGUGGCUGAAAUAGCCAAAUCCACUCAUUUGAAGGUGUGUCGACAUACUUUUGUAUAUAUAGUGUAUCUUUAAGAUAUUUCCUCAUUCCUCUCCCUCGUGAGGAGGGAGCAUAAUGAAAGUUCACAGAAGUAACAAGUAUUGGUAGACCUAGCAAUUAGUUAUAGUGAUUUUACUGAUGUACAUUUUGUUUAUGAAUUAUGAAGUGAUUAUAACUUGUAAUUCCGUUACCAAGUUGUUAGCGGAAUUACAAAAAAAUCUGUAACGGAAUUACUGCAACUGAAUUGGCUACAAUGGGAAAUCAUAAUAGUCACAAACCACAGUUGGGUCACCUGUUAUUGUCCUCCCUUCCACUGUCAUACUGUAAUGUUAAGCUCAUAACUGUUUUUUUUGUCUUUCCGUUGUUUGGUGGUCAAACCAAGAGUGUUAAAACUGGAGUUGGGACUAAUAACAAAUAACAACAAAUAAAAACAAGAUAACUAAUAAUGUAAGCAUACUGUGUCCAUAAUAAGUAUAUAUGAUGUAUGUUGGGAGCUUUUGGGAAAGAGCACAGUUAGAAAGAUAUGGCAUAUAGAAGCAAACCGGAUGGACAUCAUGAAAAUGAUCGGAGAGAUUGAGAGUAGAAGAAGUUCAGGAGCAAAAACAAAUAAAAUAGAAUUAUUGUAAAAUUGACUGUGUCCAUAAAAUGUAGAUAGUAAGUAUAAACUGGAAGUAGAGGCCUAAGCAUUGUUGUUCACUAAUUUACCCCAAGUAGGGAAAGGAUGGCGGGGUUGAAAAGUAAUAAAGGGGAGUAUAUAUAUAUAUAAAACAUGGGGGAUUAGAAAUGAUGCAGACAAUUACAUUGAUGGAAGUUACAAUCUAUCUGCAAUAUUAAGCUGAUCUAGCCCCCCCCCCAAAAUAAAAAUAAAUAAAAAUAAAAGAGUGUUAAAACUGCCUGAGUCUGGAAUACCCCUCCCUCUCUCCAAUUAAUAUCACCUCUUUCCAUUUACUGUAACCAGCUUCCUCACCCACUGAGCGCCUACCGACACUGGACGUCCAUGGACGUUGAAAAGUAGUUGAAAUUUGGUCAGUCUACCCUGGCCUUGAUGUUAACGUCCACAGACGGACCGGACUGGACCAAAUCUGAACCUAUCAUAGACACGUUUUACAAGUUUGGAUAGCACAGUGCAGGACAGUACUGAGUACUGAGUACAGUACUGUACAGUGAAUAUAGCACAGUAGAGUACAAUACAAUACAGUAGUACAGUAAAGAAAAAUAGCGUAUUGUACAGUACAGUAUAUUGUACUGUACUCUACUGUACUGAACUAUACACUACUUUACUGUACUGCACUUUACUCUGCUCUGCUGUAUUGUAUUGCACUGUACUGUACUCUACUGUGCUGUGAUGUCCAAACUUGUGAAACAUGAGGAGAAUGACAUUCAUAUCCAUAAUUAUGCAUUUCUGUGUAGUACAGAUCAGGGACCCAUGAUGUAAUUCUGUUACUGUAAUUCCGUUACCAGGUGUAAAUCCACUUCACUUACUGUAGUUCAAAAACCCAAAUAUAUUUUUUUGCAAACUCAAGGUGCCAUGUCAUAGCUGACACCCCAUUCUUUCUGCAGACAUCUUUGAAUCGUAAUUUGGAGAAGAUAUUUAAGAAAACGUGUUCGCAUAAAAACCUGAGGGAGAUUUUACCGUAAUCUGUUACCAAAGUUUGCAUCUGCACAUUUCUUCUACUGAAUUAGUUUUUUUUUAAUUUGAGUGUUCAUUUUCAGAAGUUGCUUUCAUUUCAGUGCAUCUAAUUUGUAAACAUUUAAACUGUAUUACAUUAUUCCUUUUUAAAUUCCACCAAAAAUGAACACCCAUCAAAAUAAAGUUAUCUUUGUUGUGAUGUCAAGACGAUGCAUUAAAUCCCUGACGAAGCUUUAGCGUUCUUAUAAAUGCAUUGGAAAGACAAUGUAUUCCAUUGAGCCAAUUUCAGCUAUUACCGGGGUGUGUUUGACAGGUCAUUACAAACAUUUCCGCUGUCGUAAUAUUAACGGGAAAAAAACGACAGGCACAAGCAAGAGUAUGAAAGAGUCGCAUGAGUAAAAUGAAAGCAAUUAAUCCAGCAAGAUUUAAGUGACAAGUGGAUUUUGCACCCCUCGAACACAGGAAAUAGACAGAUCCUCAGGUAGGCAGGGCAUGUGCAUUGCUACAUAAUGUGCUGUCCCUGCCAAGUUGUUCACUCCAUCCGCUUGAUUGACGUUCUUUUAAUAGUAAGUAUGCAAGAUAAAAAAUACAUCACCUAAUGUCAUGUAUUCUUUGCCAUUUCCAGAGGAGAAGUACACAGUGAUUUACCCGUACGCAGCGCGAGACCAAGACGAGAUCGACCUGGAAAGUGGCAUGACGGUGGAGGUCAUCCAGAAGAACCUUGAGGGCUGGUGGAAGAUCAGGUAAAACACAAUACCCCAGAAGUGUGUCUGUACACAGUGAAUGCAUGUAGGCUCUGUGUGCAUGUGAAUUUGAUUGAGUGUAUGAAUGCGUGGGUCAGAGUUGGUUGCUUGUUUGUACUAAAUAAGUCCUUUGUUAUUGUUGUUGGUGUUUUUUUCUCUAAUGAAGCUGUGAACGUAACCUCUCUGCUGGCAUCUACAGGUACCAGGGACAGGAGGGCUGGGCCCCGGCGUCCUACUUGAAGAAGGCCGACAUCCUGAGCCAGAAGCUGGCGGCAGGGGCAGCGGGCCAUGCCAGCACUAACGACCUGGACGGAUUCUCCAAGCAGCAGAGUCAACAGAACCAAGCCAAGCAGCACAGUGAGUGGGAACUAGGAAAUGUAAACAACUGUAACUAGUUUAACAACUAACUAACAACUGUAACUCUCUACUUAAAGCCUGCAGGUAGGCAUUAUUAAAAUACAUUAUAAAGCCUAUAAGAUAUAAUAAAGCAUUAUACAUGCAGGCUUAAGUAAAGUGUUACCAAGACUUCCCAUCUGUAUGAGGGAUGCUUCCUCAGUUUAUCCUUCCUCAGAGUGGUUUCUCUGCGAGGCUCUCUAAAUCAAUGCCUGAGUAAUGUAAAACAUCCCCCUUUUAUUCCUACAGUGUGUAAGUAAUUGAGGAGCUGAAUGCUUUCCACAACUACACUUCCAUUAGUGAGGAUGCAUUACACAUUGAGUUAGAGCCGAAGGCCCCAGACUCCGGAGUUAAUUAGUCUGCAUCGAACACAGUGCUCUCUCUCUCCUUCUUUCUCUCUCUCGCUCUCUUUCUAUGGACUCGCUCGCUCUCUGGUCUCUCUCUCUCCCUGGUCUCUGGCUCUCUGUCCACUGGGCACAAACUGGUUGAACCAAUGUUGUUUCAAUGUAAUUUGUCAACGUAUUGUGACGUGGAAUCUACAUUGGAUUUGCAAAAAGUAAUGAACUGUUUUUCUGAGGGUGACAUUUUAAGCACAGGAUUAUGUCAUCAUGGUAACCAUUUUUCAACAUAGACAAACCUUGUAUAAAAUAUGUUAAAUGUUUUCCUUUGAUUUUCAACAUUAUAUCCACUAUAAUAAAAAAACAAUAGGCUGGGCGGCACCUCCUACUGGAGCGUUAAUCUAUCUACAGCUGUUCCUUUGGUCUCUCAUCCAGGAUUUUAACAAAGCCCAGCCCUGCUUAGAUUUGUUAUUUGUCACUGACUACUUCCAAUGUGCUAUCGUGAGAAUGAUUGAGAGAUCUCCACUUAAUAACUAAAUAGAUUCAGUGUUGCUAUCAAAGUCCUUCCAAAGGGUAGGUUUAACAGAGCAAAUUAAAUGUAACAAGUGUAGUCAUAUAUCAUCAAUUAUGCUAUUUAAGUCUAUAUAGCAUUUGCGAAGUCAUCAACAGCUUUUGUUUCAAUUCAACCCAGGGUUCAACUGAAAAUAUACAAUACAUAUAUAGUGCAUUCAGAAACUAUUCACACCCCUUGACUUUUUCCACAUUUUGUUGUGUUAGAGCCUGAAUUUAAAAUGGAUUAAAUAGAGAUUUUGUGACACUGGCCUACACACAAUACCCCAUAAUAUCGAAGUGGAAUUAUGUUUUUUGAAAUGUUUACAAAUUAAUAAAAAAGGCAAAGCUGAAAUGUCUUAAGUGAAUAAGUAUCCUUUGUAAUGGCAAGCCUAAAUAAAGUUCAGGAGUAAAACUUUGCUUAAGAAAUCACAUAAUAAGUUACAUGGACUCACUGUGUGCAAUAAUAGUGUUUAAUGACUACUUCAUCUCUGUACCUCACACAUACAAUUAUCUGUAAGGUACCUCAGUCACAGUGAAUUUCAAACACAGAUUCAACUACAAAGACCAUGGAGGUUUUCCAAUGCCUCGCAAAGAAGGGCACCUCUGUUGGUAGAAAAAAAAGCAGACAUAGAGUAUCCCCUUGAGCAUGGUGAAGUUGUUAUUAAUUACACUUUGGAUGGUGUAUCAAUACACCCAGUCACUACAAAGAUACAGGCGUCCUUCCUAACUCAGUUGCCGGAGAGGAAGGAAACCGCUCAGGGAUUUCACCAUGCCAACAAUUAAAAUGUAUGUCCUGAAUAUAAAGUUUUAUGUUUGGGGCAAAUCCAAAACAACACAACACUGAGUACCACUCUUUUCAAGCAUGGUGGUGGCUGCAUCAUGUUAUGGGUAUGCUUGUCAUCGUCAAGAACUAGGGAAAGAAACGGAAUAGAGCUAAGCACAGGCAAAAUCCUAGAGGAAAACAUGGUUAAGUCUGCUUUCUAACAGACAUCGGGAGAAAAAUUCACCUUUCAGCAGGACAAUAACCUAAAACACAAAGCCAUAUAUACACUGGAGUUGCUUACCAAGACUAAAUUGAAUGUUCCUGAGUGGCCUAAUUACAGUUUUGACUUACAGUAAAUCGGCUUGAAAAUCUAUGGCAAGAAAAUUGCUGUCUAGCAAUGAUCAACAAAUAACUUGACAGAGCUUGAAGAUUUUUUAAAAUAAUAAUGCAAGUAUUGUACAAUCCAGGUUUGCAAAGCUCUUAGAGACUUACCCAGAAAGACUCACAGCUGUAAUCGUUGCCAAAUGUGAUUCUAACAUGUAUUGACACUGAAUACUUAUGUAAAUUAGAUAUUUCUGUAUUUCAUUUUCAAUAAAUUUGCAAACAUUUCUAGACUUGUCCCGUAGCCAGUCCUGUGUUGUCUUGGCUGUGUGCUUAGGAUCGUCGUCCUGUUGGAAGGUGAACCUUCGCCACAGUCUGAGGUCCUGAGCGCUCUGGAGUAGGUUUUCAUCAAGGAUCUCUCUAUACUUUGCUCCCUUCAUCUUUCUCUCGAUCCUGACUAGUCUCCUAGUCCCUGCCGCAGAAAAACAUCCCCACAUCAUGAUGCUGCCACCACCAUGCUUCACCAUAGGUAUGGUGCCAGGUUUCCUCCAGAUGUGAUUCUUGGCAUUCAGGCCAAAUAGUUCAAUCUUGGUUUCAUCAGACCAGAGAAUCUUGUUUCUCAUGGUCUGAGAGUCCUUUAGGUGCCUUUUGGCAAACUCCAAGCGGGCUGUCGUGCCUUUUACUGAGGAGUGGCUUCUGUCUGGCCACUCUACCAUAAAGGCCUGAUUUGUGGAGUGCUGCAGAGAUGGUUGUCCUUCUUUAAGGUUCUCCCAUCUCCACAGAGGAACUCUGGAGCUCUGUCAGAGUGACCAUCGGGUUCUUGUUCACCUCCCUGACCAAGGCCCUUCUCCCUCGAUUGCUCAGUUUGGCCGGGCGGCCAGUUCUAGGAAGCGUCUUGGUGGUUGCAAACUUCUUCCAUUUAAGAAUGAUGGAGGCUACUCUGUUCUUGGGGACCAUCAAUGCUGCAUAAAUGUUUUGGUACCCUUCCCCAGAUCUGUGCCUCGACACAAUCCUGUCUCGGAGCUCUACAGACAAUUCCUUCGAUCUCAUGGCUUGGUUUUUGCUCUGACAUAUACUGUCAACCAUGGGACCUUAUACAGACAGGUGUGUGCCUUUCCAAAUCGUGUCCAAUCAAAUGAAUUUACCACAGGUGGACUCCAAUCAAGUUGUAGAAACAUCUCAAGGAUGAUCAAUGGAAACAGGAUACACCUGAGCUCAAUUUCGAUUCUCAUAGCAAAUGGUCUGAAUACUUAUGUAGAUAAGGUAUUUCUGUUUUUUAUUUUUUAUAAAUUUGCAAAAAUUUGUAAUUCUGGGGUAUUGUGUUUAGAUUGAUAAGGAUUUUCUAUUUAUUCAAUCCAUUUUAGAAUAAGGCUGUAACGUAACAAAAUUUGGAAAAAGGGAAGGGGUCUGAAUGCUUUCCGACUGCACUGUAUUUAUACUGAACAAAAAUAUAAACACAACAUGUAAAUGUUGGUCCCAUGUUUUAUGAGCUGAAAUAAAAUAUCCCAGAAAUGUUCCAUACACACAAAAAGCUUAUUUAUCAAAAAAUGUCGUGCAUCCCUGUUAGUGAGCAUUUCUCCUUUGCCAAGAUAAUCCAUCCACCAGACAGGUGUGGCAUAUCAAGAAGCUGAUUAAACAGCAUGAUCAUUACACAGGUGCACCUUGUGCUAGGGACAAUAAAAGGCCACCCUAAAAUGUGCUAUUGUCACACAACACAAUGCGACAGAUGUCUCAAGUUUUGAGGGAGCAUGCAAUUGGCAUGCUGACUGCAGGAAUGUCUACCAGAGCUGUUGCCAGACAAUUUAAUGUUCAUUUCUCUACCAUAAGCCACCUCCAAUGUCGUUCUAGAGAAUUUGGCAGUACACCCAACCGGCCUCACAACCGCUGACCACGUGUAUGGCAUCGUGUGGGCGACCGGUUUGCUGAUGUCAACGUUAUGAACAGAGUGCCCCAUGGUGGCGGUGGGGUUAUGGUAGGGGCAGGCAUAAACUAUGGACAACGAACACAAUUGCAUUUUAUCAAUGGCAAUUUGAAUGCACAGAGAUACCGUGACAAGAUCCUAAGGCCCAUUGUCGUGCCAUUCAUCCGCCGCCAUCACCUCAUGUUUCAGCAUGGUAAUGCACGUCCCCAUGUCGCAAGGAUCUGUACACAGUUCCAGGAAGCUGAAAAUAUCCCUGUUCUUCCAUGGCCUGCAUACUCACCAGACGUGUCAUCCUUUGAGCAUGUUUGGGAUUCUCUAGAUCAACGUGUAUGACAGUGUGUUCCAGUUCCCGAUAAUAUUCAGCUACUUCGUACAGCCAUUGAAGACGAGUGGGACAACAUUCCACAGCCUGAUCAACUCUAUGCGAAGGUGAUGUGUCGCUCUGCAUGAGGCAAAUGGUGGUCAUACCAUAUAGUGACUGGUUUUCUGAUCCACACCCCUACCUUUUUUUAAAGGUAUCUGUGACCAAGAGAUGCAUUUAUGUAUUUCCAGUCAUGUGAAAUCCAUAGAUUAGGGCCUAAUGAAUUUAUUUAAAUUGACUUAUUUCCUUAUAUGAACUUUAACUCAGUAAAAUCUUUGAACAUUUUGCAUGUUGCAUUUAUAUUUGUGUUCAGUAUAGAAUUCAGGCUGUAACACAACAAAAUGUGGACUAAGUCAAGGGGUAUGAAUACUUUAAGGCACUGUAGGUCUAGGGUUUCAAGCUUUGGUUGAAUUCAAAUUUAAUCUACAAGUUAAUAAUUAAUAUGUUGGAUUCACAUCCAUCUUAACCAAAAGUCAAAGUUAAAGAAAAGGACUAAAUCAAAUCAAACUUAAUUUAAGUGCAUUUAAAGUUUGAUUUGACUUGAUUUAGUCCUAUUCUUUAACUUUUAUUUUUGGUUGAGUUAGAGACGUUAAUCCAACAUAUCAAUUAUUAAUUUGUAGACAACCUGGAUAUUGAAUUGUUUACGCAACCAAAUAUCAACAUUUGAAGGAGAUGUAUCUUCUGCUUGGAUAGUUCCAUCUGUGCCACUGACUUAGUCUGGCUUUAAUUCCAGUUUGCCUACAAAUUAAUAAUUGAUAUGUUGGAUUCACAUCUCCAUCUCAACCAAAUAUCAAAGUUUAAGAAUAGGACUAAAUCAAAUCAAAUAAAGUUUGACUAUCUCUGAAAACGUAAUAACACAUUUAGAUGCGAACAACCCCCCCCCCCCCAAAAAAAACAAUCUGAUAUCGUUUUUCCAUUGGAUUUUUAUUGUGCUUUACAUCUCCUUUAAAUGUUGAUAUUUGGUUGUGUUGUCAACCAAACACAAUUCAAUAUUACUUUGUAAUACAGUUAAUAGCCUAAAGUUAAGGCUCUUAGAAACUAAUGUACCAGUAUGUAUUCAACUUUAAAAUGAGUAACACACACUUGGCCACAUUUUGAGAUUACUGUAACUAUAAAUAUCUUUAUAUGUAAUCAUAGAAAGUGUGCAUUUUCAAGAGCAUGCAAAGGUCGCAGGUCUGUAGAGAUCUUCACAAUUGCUGUAAUAAUCUGUGCAGAAUCUCGAACAGCAUUGAUCACUUGCACUAUGUACUUUUAUUGGAAUCUCAACUGCAAUCCAGAUCAUGUGGUUGUGCUAUUAGAUGAAACACAGUGACAACACAUUUAUCUGUUGUAUAAAUAAACAAAAUAUCUGACAUUGUAUUCCCAUUUGAACUUUGUUGUGCUUUUAAAUGGUUGAAAGAGCAGAGAUACAGUGGGGGAAAAAAGUAUUUAGUCAGCCACCAAUUGUGUAAGUUCUCCCACUUAAAAAGAUGAGAGAGGCCUGUAAUUUUCAUCAUAGGUACACGUCAACUAUGACAGACAACAUGAGAAAAAAAAAUCCAGAAAAUCACAUUGUAGGAUUUUUUAUGAAUUUAUUAAAAAUUAUGGUGGAAAAUAAGUAUUUGGUCAAUAACAAAAGUUUCUCAAUACUUUGUUAUAUACCAUUUGUUGGCAAUGACACAGGUCAAACGUUUUCUGUAAGUCUUCACAAGGUUUUCACACACUGUUGCUGGUAUUUUGGCCCAUUCCUCCAUGCAGAUCUCCUCUAGAGCAGUGAUGUUUUGGGGCUGUCGCUGGGCAACACGGACUUUCAACUCCCUCCAAAGAUUUUCUAUGGGGUUGAGAUCUGGAGACUGGCUAGGCCACUCCAGGACCUUGAAAUGCUUCUUACGAAGCCACUCCUUCGUUGCCCGGGUGGUGUGUUUGUGAUCAUUGUCAUGCUGAAAGACCCAGCCACGUUUCAUCUUCAAUGCCCUUGCUGAUGGAAGGAGGUUUUCACUCAAAAUCUCACGAUACAUGGCCCCAUUCAUUCUUUCCUUUACACGGAUCAGUCGUCCUGGUCCCUUUGCAGAAAAACAGCCCCAAAGCAUGAUGUUUCCACCACCAUGCUUCACAGUAGGUAUGGUGUUCUUUGGAUGCAACUCAGCAUUCUUUGUCCUCCAAACACGACGAGUUGAGUUUUUACCAAAAAGUUCUAUUUUGGUUUCAUCUGACCAUAUGACAUUCUCCCAAUCCUCUUCUGGAUCAUCCAAAUGCACUCUAGCAAACUUCAGACGGGCCUGGACAUGUACUGGCUUAAGCAGGGGGACACGUCUGGCACUGCAGGAUUUGAGUCCCUGGCGGCGUAGUGUGUUACUGAUGGUAGGCUUUGUUACUUUGGUCCCAGCUCUCUGCAGGUCAUUCACUAGGUCCCCCCGUGUGGUUCUGGGAUUUUUGCUCACCGUUCUUGUGAUCAUUUUGACCCCACGGGGUGAGAUCUUGCGUGGAGCCCCAGAUCGAGGGAGAUUAUCAGUGGUCUUGUAUAUCUUCCAUUUCCUAAUAAUUGCUCCCACAGUUGAUUUCUUCAAACCAAGCUGCUUACCUAUUGCAGAUUCAGUCUUCCCAGCCUGGUGCAGGUCUACAAUUUUGUUUCUGGUGUCCUUUGACCGCUCUUUGGUCUUGGCCAUAGUGGAGUUUGGAGUGUGACUGUUUGAGGUUGUGGACAGGUGUCUUUUAUACUGAUAACAAGUUCAAACAGGUGCCAUUAAUACAGGUAACGAGUGGAGGGCAGAGGAGCCUCUUAUAGAAGAAGUUGAAGUUACAGGUCUGUGAGAGCCAGAAAUCUUGCUUGUUUGUAGGUGACCAAAUACUUAUUUUCCACCAUAAUUUGCAAAUAAAUUCAUUAAAAAUCCUACAAUGUGAUUUUCUGGAGAAAAAAAAUCUCAAUUUGUCUGUCAUAGUUGACGUGUACCUAUGAUGAAAAUUACAGGCCUCUCUCAUCUUUUUAAGUGGGAGAACUUGCACAAUUGGUGGCUGACUAAAUACUUUUUUCCCCCACUGUAACUAGGGCUGACACAAUUACCGGUUAUGGAUGAAGACAGUCAUGAAUAUAAAAUAACCGUCAUAACCGCCUAAAACAAAUAUGGAAUGAACAGCUGACUGAAGACAGGACGGCCGGGCAUUUGUGUGUUUCUGCUAUAACAUGGACUUUUAACAACGUAAUGAAACUUUGUUUCCCCUUGCUGAAACAAGCAAGGUUUUGGAGCAAACGAUGAAUAGAAUGGGCUUGGAACCUCUAACCCUGGCAAUUUGAUUGGUAAACUGCCUGGUAUUGUGAUGCAAUAAAUUCCAUGGUAAUGUAGAAUGUUCAUUCAAAUGAUGUUAACUAAAUGUGGCUCAUGCAAUGGAAUGUCUUUUUUGUAAUGUCAGUUGAGUUGAAUCAACAAAUCACAGCACAUAUUGAUGGGUACACGUCCUGCUUUUACUUCCUGCUUUGCGCCUGUGGGCAGAGAGGAAGAGGCAAAGCAAGAAGUUGUACUCAGCCCAAAAUCUGUCCACAGAAAUAUGUUUUUUGUAUUGAGGUCAAUGAGAAAGUGUCAACAAAUAAUUGAAUUGCUAAUUUGCUACGUGAGGCUUAUUUGAUCGAAUAGAAGUUUCGUAAUGGUUAGGUUGUUACGAAUGAACUGAUAUAAGUGGACGCACAUGGCAUUUCGGCAACUUUGAAAAAACAACUUUAUAUCGCUGUUGUCAUAGAGAUAGAUAGAGGACUCAUCAUGGAUGUAACUUGUUUUUGCAUGGACAUUGCCAUUGGAUGCUUCCACCAUUUUAAAGUAGUCAACUGCUGGGGAUUCCUAUGAGUUGAGAGCAAUCAGCCAAUGAUAAAAAAGAAAAUGGACUACUUUAACAUAGAGAUGGCCGCAAUGGCACUGCCCAUGCUGUCAUAGACGUUAUAAUGGCACUGACACAAAGGGUGCGUUCGUAAACUCACUCUGGCUAUCUACUCCAAUUUCAGAGCACUCUCGUCUGAGUGUGCCAGAGCGCAGAAUAACUGAUGAAUUUACAAAUAUGCAACACCCAUUGAAUAUGACCGUUGUCGCAAGAAAACGUAAUUCAAUUGUUGCCAGGUGCACAGUCCAGUGUGCGCUCUGAACGCUCCGAGAGCGAAACGCUCUGAAUUUACAAACGACCCAGAGCGCACUCUGACACACUGGAGGCAAUUUACAAACGCACCCAAUAAUAAGUCCUCUAUCUAUCUCUAUGGCCUGUUGUUCACACUCGUAUCUGCCCUCUCAUUGGCUAGAAUGUUCCCCACCUGAUCUCACCUCCUCCCGCCUGCCUUCCAUCUUUGAGAACAUGUAUUUCUGUUGUUAGAGCGGUCACUUGACUGUCUAUUAUUAUAUUGACAAGAUAAUCUUUGCUAUGGGUACACUCACAAUGGCCACCCAUUAUGCAAUCAUUGACUUAAAUGGGGACACCCGUUCUAUUCAUUCUAUUUCUAUGGCAGCACAUGCAGUCAGGAGAAAAUGUGUGCCUAAUAUUGUUUGUUUUUUUGCUAUUCGAACGGUUAUUACGGAAACCCACGGUCAUUUGGCUGGCCACUUAACGUCAUCCAAAUUUUAUGACCAUCACAGCUCUAGUGAUUACACAUUUAGAGUACAACUAAACCAAAAAGAUAAUCUGAUUGUUUUUCCUUUGUAAUUUGGUUGUGUUUUUAGAUGGUUGAAAGCAUAGUGAUAACACAUUCAACAAACUUCUGGCUGUCUUUAUGAGUUGCUGAAUAAAAGGUUGAAAUGUCAUAGAUCAACACCUCAACCAAAUAGUACCCAAAUGUCCACGUUGAAAUGGCGUGGUGUGCUCAGUGGGUAAUCUCUCGCUCUCUUUCGGCUCUAUUCAAUCUGUAUCGCAGAAGUUCAGCUUUACAGCGUGGUUGAAAUUUAAAGGCAAUGUUCCCACUUUAGCGGAGACUGCAUUCACGGUAAAUGCUGCUUAUGUCGGCGCAAUCAGAAAUGACCUUUAAAUCUCGGAAUCUGUAAUGCUUCAGCUUUACAGAUUGAAUAGAGCCCUUUGUUUCUCUCUCUGUCUGGAACUAAUAUCUCCUCCUAUUGAUGUCAAUGCAGGCAGUGUUUUGAGACUGAUGGGCUGUGCUGUGAUAAGGUUUAAUCUGCCUUUUCCCCUACAGAACAAGGGGCUAGACAGAGACCACCGCCGCGCAGGGAUCUCACCAUCGUAAGUACCCUGCUCCAACCACUUAACCACACAUCCUGAGACUCCAUCAGCACUCAUUAACAAAGAUAUGACUAAAUUAGUUUUGCAUUGUUUUGAUGUGUUGACCUGCCACAAGGCAAACCUGAUACUGACCUACUCUCUCUUUCUUCACACCCUCCCUCCCUCUAGCCGAGGGGGCAGAACCUGCCAAAGCCGCCCACCCCUCCCCAGGUGGAGGAAGAGUUCUAUACCAUCGCAGACUUCCAGACCACCAUCCCCGAUGGCAUCAGCUUCCAGGCUGGGGUCAAAGUGGAGGUGAGACACUCGUCACAUCUCAUCACACAUUGGUAGAUGGUUAUUGUUUGAUGGUGAACAGCCUACCAAAUCCCACCUAGAGAACCGUUUUUUGAUUGAAUAGAAUGGCAUUUUAACUGCUUCCCUGCAAAAUGCACUGACUGAUCACAACUUCUGCUGUGUAUUGAUUCCUGAUUCCUUGAAUGACUCACUCAUUCCCUUUCUGUUUUUCAGGUGAUAGAGAAAAACUCCAGUGGCUGGUGGUACAUUCAGAUUGAAGACAAAGAGGGCUGGGCCCCCAUCACCUUCAUCGACAAAUAUAAGAAGACCAGCUUGACCCCGCGCCCCAACUUCCUUGUACCUCUGCCCAAUGAGAUGGCCCAGCUGAAGCUGGAGGAUGGCACUACCAGCGGUGCGGCGCAAGAGGACAGCUGGUCCAAACCGCUGCCAGACGAGCCCACCGCGAGCAGCGAGUCUGCAGCCCGGCCCAAGCUCAGGGACUGGAAGUCCAGCGCCAGUAAGGGGGCAUCUGCCUUCUCCGGACCCCUGCCCCCAGCCCCGUCUGCCCCACCGGCUGAGGAGAGGCCAGCCCUGCCACCCCGCAGGGAGUCCAUCAACAAGAGCAUGGACAUUGAGAUUGUGGAGAAACCCAGGCCAGACGUAUCCAAACCCCUGCCUCCGAAAACCUCUGCCCCGGGGGUCAUUAUGCCCCUGCUCACCCCCAAAGCUGCCCCCUUCAAGCCAGACAAGCCCCCUGAGCCCAAAAGAGAGAUCACGAACAAGCCUCUGCAUUUGAAGAAUGAGAUGGGUCUGGAGUGUGGCCACAAGGUCUCCGUCAAGGAGGUGAAGAAGUUCAACCUGAAACCCGUGGCUAAGCAUCCGCCCAAGAACAUGCCUGAUCCACCGGAGGAGAAAUCAGAGGCCAGCGGCCCUGCACUGUUCAUGAAGCCCAAACCCGUAGUCCGGCCCAAACCCAUCCCAGCUGCCAAGCCAGAACCGCCAGCUGAGAACAAGCUGGAUAUCACCAACCUGAGGAGCAAGCUGAAGCCUUCGAAGCCAGCUGAACCAGGCGAUGGAUCAGCAGAGCCAAGCCAGCAAAACGGCACUGCUCCCAACAACGGCCCUAGCAACGCUCUCCCCAAGAUGCCGCCCCCCAACCUCCCCCCUAAUAAUGCUUUACCCAAGAUGCCUCCUAGUAAUGUACCCCCCAAGAUGCCCCCUCCUAAUAAUGUUCUCCCAAACAUGCCACGUCCCAACAGCCCCCCUAUCAACGCCCUCCCCAAGAUGCCCCCAGCCCCCAAUGCUCUCAAUGGCAAGGCCAGCGACGAGGCCAAGUUCCCCACCAAGCAGCAAAACGGUCAUGGACACGUGAGCCAGGAUGUCCCCAAACCCGCUGUUCCCCCCCACAAAGAACCUCCAGGGAAGCCAGCCGUCCUCCCUAAGCGACCCCCUCCACCCAAAAAGACCUCUGAGCCAUCCAGCCCCACAGAAACCAAAGCUCCCAUGAAAGAGCUCCCAGACACCAAGCCUGCUCCCCCCCAGCUCAGCAGACCACCUCCCCCUAAACCCAAGGCCUUCAUGCUGCCCCCGCCUAAAGACAAGGACAAGGAAAAGGGGGAGCCCAAGGCAAAAGUGCCCGUGGCCCCAAAGCCCCUGGUUAAGAUUGAGAAACCAGGCCCUCCGAGGGACAAGCUGCCGCCUCUGAUCAAGGAUCCCAGUAAAGAGGAGCUGUUCUUGGCCAUGGCGGACUUUGAGGGCGACGAUCAGAUGGGUGGCUUCAAGGAGGGCACCGUGUUCGAGGUGAUGGAGAGGAACAGCAGCGGCUGGUGGUUUUGUAAAAAUCUAGGAGAAGGGCCAAUGAAAGAGGGCUGGAUCCCCUCCAAUUACCUGACCAAGAAACCCUAG